UGCCAACGGAGCGAACUCCGCUCACAGACCUCUGCUCUGUCGUAGUACUGCUCUGCCAUCUCUGCCGCAUCCCACACUCCUCCUCCGGCCAUUUACUACUACCCCCACGCAGCGCCGCCAUUUCCGCGGCUAUGCUGUCGGGGUUCAACAGUUCUCUCUGGAUGCAGGAGGAGCACGACGGCGGCCAAGACCAUCAGCCGGCGGGGAUUAUGGGGAUGAUUCCGAUGCUAGGGAUGGAAGGCGGAAACGACAACGAACAGGAGCAACUCCUGGCCAUGGCGUCCGGGGCAGCCGGCGGGGAGUUCCGCGUUCCAGGGACGGUUACUGACGACUGGCUCUUCGGGGGCGCGCCAGGGUCGGCGGCCAUGUACCUGGGGCCGCCGGCGCCGCCAGAGCCUCAGGGCGCCUCCUCAAGCUCCGGAUUCGGAGUCGCCUCGCAGACGACGUUCCCGAUAUUCAACUUGGGAGGCGCCGGGCCCUUCGACGUCUCCGGGUUCGACCUCGGCAACAACAACAACCCCGGUGCCGAGUUCAUGUCCUUCCUUGGCGCCGGGAACGCGGCGAGCACCCUGAUGCCGAACAGCAGCUCCCUGAUGCAGCCGGCUGGGAACGCGGGCUCGUUCUUCGGCUCCUUCGCUGGCUUCGGUACCGCCCCGGCGCCGCAAAUGCCUGCAGACUUCGCCUCCGCCGGGUUCGACUCCUUCCAGGCGCCUCCGUUGGCGGCGCCCGCGUUGAGCGCGCCCUUCUCCCUGCGGCCGCUGGAGGUCGUCCCGACGCUGGGCGCACAGCCGACGCUGUUCCAGAAGCGCGCGCUCCUCCGCCGCAACGCCGGCCUAGAAGACUCCGCCCACAACAACAACAAGAAGCGCCAGGCGGCGGCGGACACGGUGCUCGUGGACGCCGAUGAGGAGGAAGACGACGUCGACGUGAGCAUUGACGCGUCCGGGCUCAACUACGACGACUCGGAGGACGGCAGGGGCGUCGAGGAGAGCGGCAGGGACGACGGCAAGGAGUCCAACAACGCCAACAGCAGGAUGACCACAGGCGGCGGCGCAGCGGAAGGGAAGGGGAAGAAGUCCAAGGGGAUGCCGGCCAAAAACCUCAUGGCUGAGCGCCGUCGUCGCAAGAAGCUCAACGACCGCCUCUACAUGCUCCGCUCUGUCGUCCCCAGGAUCAGCAAGAUGGACAGGGCAUCCAUUCUUGGAGAUGCAAUCGAGUACCUUAAGGAGCUCCUGAAAAAGAUCAAUGAUCUUCAGAAUGAGCUCGAGUCGUCUCCUACCACAUCCUCAAUGCCUCUAACGCCUACAAGCUUCCACCCUCCGACUCCUACCUUGCCCACACUGCCAUCUCGCGUGAAGGAAGAGCUUUACCCAAGUGCACUGCCAAGCCCUACUGGUCAGCAACCAAUGGUUCAGGUUAGGCUCAGGGAAGGGGAGGCCUACAACAUCCACAUGUUAUGCGCUCGCAGGCCAGGUCUUCUUCACUCCACCUUGACCGCAAUUGACUCCCUCAAUCUCGAUGUACAACAAGCUGUGAUAAGUUGUUUCAAUGGCUUUGUCAUGGAUGUCUUCAAGGCUGAGAAGGUAGUAAAGGAUGCCCCCCUGCCCCAGCCUGAUCAAAUCAAGGCAGUUCUGCUCCAAGUCGCCGGGUUCCAUCCGAUGAUCUAGAGCAGGACAGGAGAGCUCAAUCAACUGCAAAGAAGAGAGUAGCUAAAGGAAAUUACAAGUACCCAGCGUUUUCGACAGCAGCAAGUUCGUCUACAGUAGUAGCCCUGGCACCUGCCCAGGGGUUUUUACCGAACCGGUUUAUCUACCAGUCUUUUUAGAGUCCAUAAAAACUUCAAUAAUGUCAGUAAAUCUGUCAGCACCUAACAUUGUGUGUGCGACUGUUGUUACCUUUGCCUGUCGGUACAUGCUUGCUUGCGUGUCGUGUCCUGCGAGUCUGAACUAGAAUUGCGUCGCUUGAAGCGGAAAAAUAUUGGAUAUUCCCUAUGGUUUGCCAUC